AUGGUCAAGGAGGCAAAUGUGCCCUUUGGGCCUCGGAGAGGAAUUAGAGGCGGGCGGCGACAGGGAAAAAAGAGUCGGGCUCCGAGGAUCGGAGGGAGGUCCUCACGCCGGCGGAGGGUCAGCGCGUCGCGUCCCCGCUGGGGCGCCCCGUCGCCGCCCUCCCUUCUCCCCGCCGAGCGUGGACUCGCCAACGCCCGCGCCCACGAGCCCGGCCUCCCCUUCCUACCUGCCAGGCACGCGGACUCGGCCCGCCCCCAGCGGCUCACCGCGGACCCGGUCGGCGGGGAGCCCACCCUCUUGGAGGAUCCCAGCCCGCGCCCUCUACACGGUGACAGGCGACAGGCGACGCGUGAUCCCGCCCCCACGCCACGCCUCUUUUGUCCAGUCCGCGCCCCGCCUCCCGCUGGCGUGUUCCACCCACAAGAGCGUCGCCGGCGCGAGAGCGUCGCUGGCGCAGGCGCACUUUGUCGGCAACUCCGAGGCGCUGCGGUUUUGCACGGCGGAGCUCAGAUCCUGGGGCAACGUGAUUUAUUUGGUAAAGGAACGCAAGAUCUGAAGACCUGCAUUUUUAAGGUCAUCUGCACCUGGGAAGAGAUGGUCAACGUCUUGAAAGGAGUGCUGAUAGAAUGCGACCCUGCCAUGAAGCAGUUUCUGCUGCACUUGGAUGAGUCAAAUGCCCUGGGGAAGAAGUUCAUCAUCCAAGACAUCGAUGACACUCAUGUCUUCGUAAUAGCCGAGUUGGUUAAUGUCCUCCAGGAGCGAGUAGGUGAAUUAAUGGACCAGAAUGCUUUCUCUCUCACCCAAAAGUGAGAAUAUUAGAUAAUGACCUCUUAGGAAUCAUAAAUAACAAACAUGAGAAAAUAUCACCAUUCAAUAUCCUAUGUGACUGAUGAGAGAAUUGCUAAGGAGCAUGCUAAAGGAAAAACUGAUGUCAUUUGUUCAGAAAAAAGCCCCUGCACUGAUUUUCUUGUUCCUCUUUUUUCAGUACAUGUACCCUAGAAUUUUUAAAAAAAGCUCUAACCGUUGGCUGUAGUUUGGCUUUCACUAUCCUUUAUUAAAAUAUAAAUGUAAGUGGUUUUCUUAUUUAAUACAGUAAGAAUGUAAUAGAAUAUGCUUUUAAAUUGUUCAAUGCCUCUAACCUAGGUAUUUAUUUUGCUUGUUCCUGUUAAUAAUUGUGCUUGUAAUGUGGGUGUGGUUUGUUUUGUUUCUAUUAGAAACUUCACAGAUUUACUGUCCCGGAAACUAUGCCAAGGUUGGAGCUUUGGUAACAUUUAUAUCUUGCAAAUGAUAUACAUGCCAGCCAGCUCCACUGGUGAAGAAGAUGGGGAAGAGAACUAUCUAACAUUAAUGUGAACUACAGUUUACAUUUCUCUAAAAGUACAACUUCUUCAAAAGUGCAAAGGGUUAGAAACAACCAGUUGGGAAGGUACAUGCUGCUUUGCAGCCUUACAUUUUCAUGUUCACACUUUGUUGUCACCAUUGUCCCUCCAGGACAAGUGUUCUUUUGUUAGGAAAUCAGUUUCACUUGUGCCUAAUUCCCUGUGAGAAUCCCUGUUUAAAUUUAGCUAAAAAAGGAAAGACAGGACCAAUAGAUAGAACAGAUAGAAACAACAAAGUCAGUCUGGCAGGAAGUGAUAUGAUUAGGCUAAAAUAUAUCGCCUAUAGCUCUGUGACUGAUUGGAGGCAGAAACAGUAACACCAGUAAGGGCUUUGCUUCCCUUUCUGAAGCUGGUGUUGCCAGGAUGGGUUCUCCUGAUGAAAAUUUUGCCAAAGAGACAACUGUCAUGAUGUUACGUGGAAUUGUAUCAAAUCCAGGUUACUUGGCUUCUUACAGUUUUUUUUUUUUUUGCAAUUUUUUUUUAAGGUAUUACUGAUGUAAACUCUUAUGAAAGUUUCACGUGAAAAACAAUGUAGUUACUACAUUCACCCAUAUUAUUGUGUCGUUCACACCCCCAUACCCCAUUGCAGUCACUGUUUCUAUGGUAUAUUUAUUCACAGCACCCAGGUACCAUUUCACUCACUUAUACAUGCAUUGUUAAAGCUGGAAAUUUCCAAAAUUAGGUGCAUAUAUUUACCUUGAUUCCCACCAUAUAAGUCAGUCCACACAAUUUUGGUUACCAUAUAACAAUACAAAUAAUUGUUACUGAUACCUACAGUACUCAAUUUGUUGAAUAGGAAAAUAACAUUUCCUUAGAAUUUGCAGCCAUGCUGAAGUGUUACUAAAUCUUGUAUUUCAGUCAUCCCCCAGUAAGGUUUUUGGGUGUGUAUAAUACUGCUAAAUCAAGAAGAGAAGUUGAGUUUCUCAUUCAGAAAAACAGCAGACAGGACUGUGAGAUAGGGGUAAACAAAAUUCAUUUAGUGCCAUGAAAAAUUCACAGAAAUCUUGAUGAACUUCUCAUAGGACAUGGAAUGGAGGAGCUAUUUGGUCUUAUGAAACACAUUAAACUAUGUGGUAUUUGCAGCUACAAUUUACAAUUCAUCUUGCAAGUGUUAGUGGGAGCUACCUUAUUUAAAAGUAAAUGUUCUGUGAAUGUUUAAACCUUUAACUAUGGCUAUACUGGGUGACUGGUUCAAAAGCUUCUCUGGAAAAUUUCCAGAAUAAACUAUUUUUGUCAUGAUUUAAGCAGAUAUGCUGUUGAGGACUGCCUCUGUGCUGGGCCUUCUCAAACUUCAGUGUGCCAUCUGGCAAUCUUGUUAAAAUGCAAAUUCUCCUUGAGCAGAUCUGGGCUGAGGCCUGACAUUCUGCAUUUCUAGCAGGCUCCCAAGUGAUGUCUGCACUGCUGUUUGGCAGGUUGCACUUUGAACACCAAAGCUAGCAUAAUAAUUGAGGGCCCAGAACUGGCUGGGGAGAAACCUCAGUCCUUAGCAAUUUCUCCUAAACUAUUUUAUUGUUUAUUUUAUUUUAUAAUCUUGUGGACAUUGCUAAGGAACUAAUUAGUUGACUGCUCCUAGGAACUAUAUAGGUCCUAGAAAAUGCAUUUCAGUGUGUUAAUUUAGCCAUGGGCUUUUAAUUUCAUAUCUUGCCUUUUCCUUCAUUCCAAAUUCCUCAUUAUGUUUAUUCUUUGUGUGAAAACAUCUAACCACACAUAAAUUGAGUCACAUAACAUCUGUACCACUCAGUAUGAACAUUUGUAUUUGUUUCUGAUUAUUUUUUUGAAAUGAAACAAUUUUUAGAAUUAAGUUACCUUUGUGUUCUUCCUUGCCCACAGACCUUUUUUUUUUAACUCUACUGAUCCAAGUAUUACCGUGACGUUGAUGUAUCAUCAUCCACAUUUUUUUAUUUAUGUUAGUACAUAUCCAUAAAAGAUACAUAGUAUUGUGUGUUUUUAAAUAUAAAUGAUACAUAAGUGGUAUCUUUAUGUAAACUAUCAUUCUAUAAUUCUUUUCACGCUAUUUUUGAGAUCUAUCCAUGUUACACAUGUAGUUCAUUCAUUAUAGCUUUUAUUUACUUUGAAUGUACAUGUCUAUUCCUUUUUGACAUUUAAGUGGUUUGCAAUUGUUAGGAACAGUACUGCGGCAAACACCUUUAUCUAAAUCUGCACUGGUACAGGUGUUCCUCUCAGUUAUUUCCCAGAAAUGGAGUUACUGGAUCACAGGUCAGGCACAUUUUCAACUUCAAGAAAUCUUGUCAGAUUAUUCUCCAAAAUAGUUGAAUCAGUUAACAACACACCAGCAAUGUGUGUUCCUAUUUCUCCACAUCCUUACCAUUAGAUUAUUUUUACUAAUAUGAAUUUAAAGUGGAAUAUAAUCCCAACUGUUUUUUAUCUUCUUAUGUUUAUUAUUGAAAGCUGUUUCAGUCUUGUAUAUAUAUUACAGAGGUAAUAUAUGCCCUAUUUAAUGGGAACUUAGAGUAUUUCAGCUUGAUUAUUAUUUUUAUGGGGUGGCCUUUACCCUAGCCAUUAUUCUAACACUAAAACCUAUGGGAAAAUAUAGUUUAUAAUAACUGAUUUGCAAAUGAGCUAUUAUACAAACAUUUUUGUAUUCAUAAACUGGAGACUUCCUACAAUAAGCUAGUUUCCCCCUCUCCUCAGUCUAAAUUUUACUAAAAAUAGCAAACCAUUUUGUGCUGUUUGUAAAUAAGCAUGGCUUAAGAGGUUUAUCUCCCAAAGUUAUCAGUAAGAUGCUAAAGGUAGAAACUUGCAAGCUGAAUUUAGGGAACUUUUUAAUUGAAGUGUAAAUACACACAGAAAAGUGCACACCAUCUUGUCACUACCCACCCAUGGGUGAACACUGUCCUGACUUAAAACAGCAUAGGUCAGUUCUGCAUAUUUUUUAACUUUAUAACAGUGGAGUCAUGCAGCAUGUACUCUUGUGUCUAGUGUCUGUUACUUAGCAUUGUAUUUGUGAGAUUCAUCCAUGCUGUUGCAUGACAUAACAGCAUUUUAAUUCUCACUGCUGUGUGGUAGGUAUUCCAUUGUUUGCCUCAACCACACCAGAGAUAUUUUGGGUUAUGAGUAAAUCCUAAAAAUUAGUAAGUAACUGUAAUAUAUUAAAUCUCAGUUGGUACUUGGUAAACAUAUAUCAAAAAUUUUUACCACUAUCAAGCAGUUACACCAAAUUUUUUCUCCAGUGGCAGAAUGUAUACUGUAUUCGAAAGAAGAGAUGGAAGUACAGAAUCUAGUUACAAAAUACACUGGCACUAUUUUUAUUGGUAUUUUAUGGUUAUCUUAAUGGCUUCUUCAAUUCAUUCAGCUCUUCAUUUAUUAAUUCAAAAAGUAAGGAGUGCCUGUGGUAUCCUGGAUGUGGAGGAUAGAUACAGUUGGAAAAAAGUUGGGCAAGGCACCUAGAUCAGAAAUGCUUUUGACUUCAAAUAACAGAACAUCAACUAUGAGUGACUUAAGCAGUAAAGUUUAAUUGUCCUACAAGUCUGGAGGUGCAGAUCGUUCCAGGAGGUGCAACCCUCUUCUGCUCUGCUAUCCUAAUAAUGUUGACUUUUCAUCCCGGGCUUAUUACCUCAUGGUCACAAUGAGGUGGCUGCCACUCCAAGGAUCACAUGCUCAUAGCAGCAGCCUAAACAAGGAGAAUGGAGGGGUCCGCUUGCUAGCAGAGAAAAUAAGGAAAACUUUGUCCUGAUAAAACUUUUUAUCAAGGGAAAAAAAUCUUCCCUGGAAUCUUCACACGUUCCCAUCCCUAGACCACUUACUGGUAAAGAGGUAUGGAGUGAUCAUUAUUAUCAUCUUAGAUCAGUGAUUAUCAACUGUUAAAGACACUGGGGGUCUUUCUUACAGAAGAAUUCCAAAUAAUUAAUGUAGAUACUGUCCAGUUCAUGUAGAGCUUAGUCCUCUGCCAUGAGUGUGGGCUGCAUUUAGUGACUUACUUCCAAAGAAUAAAUUUGGACAGGGUGAAAAAGUAACUAUAUAUUGGAGAAACCUGGAAAAUACUGCCUUAGCUGCUCAUCAGGAUUAACAUUACAAGUCAUGUUGAGAUCAUGUACCCCUAAAAAGAUGUGGGAAGUGUUCCUCACCACUGUGGCUUUCUUCCUAAAAAACUAUAAUAACCCCAGUCUUAACAUGAGAAAAGCAUCAGACAAAAAUUGAAGGUAUUUUCCUCAAAAUUGUCAGUAAUGAAUAGGCAAGACUGAAAAUUUUACAGACCAGAAGAGAUUAAGGAGACAUGACAACUAAAUGUGAAGCAGUCUUCCAGAGAUCUGGAAACAGGAAAGGGACAUUAGGUAAAAAUUAAGAAAAUCUGUAUAAUGUGCAGUUCAUUUAAUGGACCAGCCUUGGUUUUUCAGUUGUGACAAACGUGCCAUGCUAAUGUAGGAGCAGAAGGUGGUGACCACAGUUGAGGGGCAGGUGUAGUGGACAUUUAGAGGAACCAAGAUUGGCAAAAACCUUGAAGCUGUGUCGUUGGUGUUUGAGUUUUCUACCUGUUUUUGUAUAUCCUUGAAGAUCUACAUUGUAAGUUUUUAAAUCUGAAUAUUCUGGUACAUAAUAUGCCUACAGUUUGAGUAAGUAAUAAAGUGUAGCAUAGAAGUAUGGUUAUUAGUACCAAGAAAUCUCUGUUUUAGUCUCAGUUUUGCUAUGUAAUAGUGAUUUGAAGCAAAUCACUAAACUUUUCUAAAUCUUGAUUUCUUUAUCUGUAAAAUGCAGUUAAUAACAUGAUAAUACCUCAUGAGGUCAUUUUAAGGAUUGAAUAAGCAAAUAGUGUACUUCGUUACAGAAUAUAGCACAUAAGCACUGACCAAUUUGAAAAUUUCCUCACCACCAUAUAAAUUUAGUAUCUUGUUCUAAUUAACAGAAAUACACUUUAGUUAGAUUAAGCAAAAGAGAAAUUUGUUAUCAAGGUGUGUCACAUAAAACCCAAGGAGGAGGAUGCAGCUGAACUUCACAUAUAAGCUAAACCCAGAGACCUUCCUGCCUCUGCAAGCACAUCUUCAUUCUUCCAGCCAAGAACCAGCUUUCUUUGUGGUUCAGCGUUUGGAUUCAAGAGGGAAUUUGGUUGUUGCCGGCUGUAAGGUUCCUAUCUGUCCAUUCAAGAUUCCUGCUGGACUAAGGUCUCUUGGUCCUAAUACCUGAUUUCCUAGGAAGGGCCCAUUGGCCAGCCUACUGUGGCCCAAAAAAGAGAGUUACAUUGUUCAAGCAUAACUGAAGUAACCAUGUAAAUGGACAUGGGCAGCCAACAGAAAAGGGGAAAAAAACAGUUAAAUACAAUCAGCUUUGAAAAGUAGUAUGUUCUUCAAAUUAUAUAAAAAAAAAAAAAAUUUUGUGGCCGAGAAGCUCGUGUCUGGCAAAGGAGCAUUUGCUGGCACCAGCAUUUGUGGUUGUAUCCUAGUAACUAAAGUGCUUAAACUUCAUUAAAAUGCCAACUGUUAACAGGUAUGUAAUCUAUUAGUAUCUAAAAAUGCAUUUUUUCUUUUAAGCGUUUAACCGAUACUUAAUUGUACACCUCCUAAAUGCCAGACAAUGCAUAACAGGCUCAGGAUAUAUACGACAAGACAGGUUUGAUCCUCAACACAAAGCAGAAUUCAGUUACUUGCAUGUGCCUGUGCCAAAGUGCAAACAUUCCCAAAACUUUCUUCUAAGCCUUUGAGAAAAACUGAUGUUCCAGGGAAGAUGCGCUGUGUGCAUCCUGGGAUUCCCAGCUCCUGUUCACAGGGUACUUCCCAGGAGUGUAUGUACCCUAAUUUCAGAAGCAUGCAGUCAGAUUAAGUAGAUAAAAAAUAAAAUGAAGGCCUUCAUACUGCUGUAUAUCCCUUCAGAUGUUCCUUGGGAACAUUCACUUUAUUCUGAUCCUGUUUUCAUCAGGCAGCCCUCUGACUUAGGAUUUGGUCCCCAGAAGAGAACUGGUUGUCCUCUUGUUCAGCUUUAUGCUAGAACCAUAGAAGACCUGCUUGGGUGCUGUGGGUACGUAAAAAGAAAAUUUGUAAUCUUUAAAUUUUGGAGAUUUUUGUCUAUAAAUAGAUUGAGAAAUAUCUAAUUUAUGGAGAAAGUUAAGUAGUACAGCCUCAUCCUUUUUGAAUGUAAAAUAAUCCCCAAGUGAAAUGGAUUAGCUUUUCAUACCCUGUUUUAUUCCUUUUACGAUAGCUGAUAUUAUUCACCCUCAGUUUUGUGGCCGAGAAGCUCGUGUCUGGCAAAGGAGCAUUUGCUGGCACCAGCAUUUGUGGUGGUAUCCUAGUAGCUAAAGUGCUUAAACUUCAUUAAAAUGCCAACUGUUAACAGGUAUGUAAUCUAUUAGUAUCUAAAAAUACUGACAUCACUUUUCUCCAUCAAAGGCUCUUUUCCCUUCAGGGUCCGACUACUGGGUUAAGUCUAAUACAGAUUACCAGAGUGAUUAACAUUUCACUGAAAUGCUUUUGACUCAGACCAGUGAAUUUGAAUGUAUAUAUCUAUGCAAAGAAAAUAGCAUGGAAUUAUAAACAAAACCAAAAUUCCACCUUGGGGGAGAGUACAGGUUGUUUAUUUUUAUCUAUUUCCUGUAAUUAACAUGACUAGUGUAAUAGAGAAAUAGUAAAAGUUAAAAUAUUUUAAUGAAGCAGGGAUUGACCAUGUGAAUAGGUUGUAUUAUGUAUGUGUAACAUGUAUUUGUCUUCCAACAUUUAAAUGGAAUAAAACUGAAUAGUUUACCUUUCAAAGGUAAAAAGUCA